GAGUGAUCGAGAGAAAGAGAGGGAGGCAGCUGUAGAUUCGCACACAACUGUAGUCAGUCUUGGAAUCUGAGCGCUGCCAAGAGGCGAGCACAGAAGCCAGCACCGUAUUUCCAUGAGGAUGACAUGCUCUGAGAAGAGCACAGGACACCGUUUUGUUCAGGGAAUCAAAGGAGGAUCAAAGCCAAUUCUACAAUGACAGGGUUGCUGAUGUUGCCAUCUACAUCACUUUCGAUUCAGCCCCCCCUCUUAGCUUAUUCAUAAGAAUUGCGGUCGACUCGACGAUCGAUUGGCUACAAUGAUAAUGAAUCACUUCCUCUGGCUGCUUCCACUGAUCUUUGCCCACCUGAGCUCUCCAGUCAUAUUGCUGGAGAAGAGUGAUGGAAAUCUGCUUCGCAACUGGAAUCAUAUGAUGGAGGAUGAUACAAUUGUGCUGCGCAGAUCCAGAAGGGAUUGGAUGUGGAGGCAAUUCUUCCUGUCGGAGGAAUACACAGGAAGCAACUAUCAGUAUGUCGGCAAGCUUCGCUCAGACAAAGACCGAGGCGACGGAACAGCCAGAUACGUUCUCUCGGGGGAAGGUGCGGGCACAGUUUUUCGUAUCGACGAGAAGUCUGGGGAUUUACAUGCUACUCAGAGACUGGACAGAGAGGAAAAGGCCUCGUACACACUGCAGGCUCAAGCUUUCAACAAGAUCACCGGCCUCCCUUUGGAGCCUGCCACUGAAUUCGUUGUCAAGAUACAUGACAUCAAUGACAAUGAGCCCAAAUUUACCAAGGCUGUCUACACUGCCAGCGUACCUGAAAUGUCAGACGUCGGUACUUUUGUGUUAGAAGUAAAUGCCACUGAUGCAGAUGAUGCCACAUAUGGGAACAGUGCUAAACUUGUUUACAGCAUCCUGCAAGGGCAACCAUACUUCUCAGUGGAGCCCGAGACAGGAAUUGUCAGAAUAGCCCUGUCUAACAUGGAUCGGGAAGUGAGAAAUGAGUACCAGGUGGUUAUACAAGCUAAAGACAUGGCAGGACAGAUGGGUGGCUUAUCUGGAACUGCCAUGAUCAACAUCACCCUUACAGAUGUGAAUGACAGCCCGCCACGUUUUGCAUACAGUUCUUACCACCUAAGCACUUAUGAGUCAGCCAAUAUUGGGUCAACAGUGGGGCGAAUACGAGCCAAUGAUGGUGAUGAGGGAGAAAACGCUGAAAUGAAAUACAGAAUUAUGGAUGGAGAUGGCAAAGAAUACCUUGAUAUUAUUACAGAUGAGAUAACACAAGAGGGUGUUAUUGUUGUCAAAAAGAAACUGGACUAUGAAAGCAAGCGAGUAUACACUGUGAAAGUUGAGGUGUCUAACACACAUCAGGACCCCAACUUCUUACAUCUGGGGCCGUUCUCAGACACAGCCAUCGUCAAGGUCACAGCCAAAGACGUGGAUGAGCCACCGAUCUUCAGCAGACCUCAGUAUGUCUUUGAAGUCAAUGAGGAUACACCAAAAGGCACUGCAAUCGGAACUAUUACAGCCUGGGACCCUGAUGCAACAGAUUACCCAAUCCUAUACGCCAUAGAUCAGCACACAGACCCUGAGAAGCUUUACCACAUCGACCCCAAGAAUGGAUCCAUCACAAUUCUGAAGUCUCUUGACAGGGAAGUGUCAAAGUGGCACAACCUAUCCAUCCUGGCCAGCGAGAUGAAUAACCCUCACCAAAGAAGCCGCGUUCCUGUCUUGAUAAAGGUUUUGGACGUAAAUGAUAAUGCUCCAGAGUUUGCCAUGAUAUACGAGACAUUUGUGUGCGAGAAUGUUAAAGCUGGGCAGCUCAUACAGACAAUCAGUGCAAUCGACACGGAUGAACCUCUUGUGGGUCACAAAUUUGUAUUCAGUUUGAGUUCCCCGAAUUCAAACUUCACCAUCUUUGAUAAUGAAGAUAACACAGCCAGGAUUCUGACCAGAAGAAGUGGAUUUAACAGGCGUGAAAUGAGUGUCUACUAUCUGCCAGUUGUUAUCUCCGACAGCGACUACCCCAUCCAGAGCAGUACGAGCACGUUGACCAUACGUGUGUGUAGUUGUGACGCCACUGGCAACAUGCGUUCCUGCAGCGUUGAUGCAUUACUGCUCUCUGCUGGCCUGAGCACUGGAGCUCUAGUGGCAAUCCUCCUCUGCAUCCUCAUCCUCCUCAUGAUCGUGGUCCUGUUCUCGGCUCUAAAGAAGCAGAGGCGGAAGGAACCGCUGAUCAUCUCCAAAGAGGACGUAAGAGACAACGUGGUCAGCUAUAACGAUGAGGGCGGUGGUGAGGAGGACACGCAGGCAUUUGACAUCGGCACACUGCGCCACCCAGAGGUGAUCGAAAGCAACAAGCUAAGGCGUGACAUCAUCCCGGAAAUGCUGUUUCCGUAUCACAGACCUUCAACCAUGAAGGAGUGCGCAGAUGUCAGGGACUUCAUUAUUAGCAGACUGCAAGAAAAUGACACAGACCCUUUUGCACCUCCCUACGACUCCCUCGCCACUUAUGCUUAUGAGGGCAGUGGAUCCAUCGCAGAGUCACUGAGUUCUCUCGAAACUUCCGUGACUGAAGGAGACCAUGAAUAUGAUUACCUCUCUAACUGGGGUCCGCAGUUUAAAAAGCUUGCUGACAUGUACAUUGGGAAGGAUACAGGAACGGCCAAUUAAGAUGCCAUUCAAUGACCCUUCAUGUGCUCUUUAUGUAAACUUGCUGGGCUACGAGACAUAAAGGAAACAGAAAGAAGACACAAAGGAUAUGCUUCAAUUGUUUUUUUUCAAAGUUGUUUUCUAACAACACAAGCUGAAUUUCACUUCUAUGAUGGAUUUUUGUGGAUGGUGUUGUGGUAAGGUGAUUUAGUGAUGAUAUUGUUUUUUGUUCACUUGCAGAAAAACAUGACUAAAAGCAAAAUGAAUGGAUGAUUUUGUGAAUAUAAACAUGACAAGACUGCCUUCAUCUUAUGACAGAUUAUAUAGGACUCCCUGUUCCUCCACCUUUAUGGUACAAUAUCUGGGAAUUACAUAUCAGUACUACAGAUACAUGUAUGGUGUCUUUCAUGGUCCUAUGGUGUUAUGACAAGUUAACAUUUUGAAAUAAAUUAAAAGAAAAAGCGUGUGUGUGAGAGAGAAAGAGAGAGAGAGAGAGAGAGAGAGAGAGAGAGACCACAUACAGUACAAAUGCUUUAAAGGGGUCAUCGGAUUAAUUUUUCACUUUUUUAGCUUUUUAUAUGCAUUUAAUUAUGUUUUGGCAUGUCUGUCAGCUCAGUAAAGCUAAAGUAAAACACGCAGCCAGUUAGUCAUAAGCUGUCUGAGUCUGAAACUGUGUCUUUCAGCGAGCCGUUCCAAAUUGCCUCCGCUUGUUACGUAGGUAGCUAGUUCUUUAACCUGAUAAGGAACACUGUGCCGUACACGGGAGGCUGCCCUACUGAAAAAUCCAGCUAAGACCAGCAUAAGCUGGUGAGCUGUUUUUAGCUGGUUUUGCUGGUGUAGGAAGCUGGUUUUGCUGGUGUAGCAAGCUGAUCUAGCUGUGUUUUGGUCACAUUUUAAGCUGGUCUAGCUGGACUUAGCUGGUCAUGCUGGAAUACCAGCUUGCCCACCAGCAUGACCAGCUUUGUCAGGCUGGGAGGACCAGCGUAAACCACCUUAAACCAGCUAAAACCAGCUACCAGCUUAUGCUGGUUUUAGCUGGAUUUUUCAGUAGGGUGCAUUACGUCAUUGUAACUUUGAAGCAUUAAAUCUUCGAAAUAUAUACGGUCAUGCGGCCCAUCGUUGUAAAGCUUAGACUUUCGGGAUUCCAUUAAGCGCUAACACAAAGCAUAAUAUGAUUUUUAGCAGUCAUAAAACUUAGCAGUCUAGUUGUUAGUUACCUGAACCGGGCGUCACCGAUUUAGGAUAUUUACUUACCUUCAAAAUCUUCCCUUUAUCCGCUUCUGUGAAAUUGUCUAAAACAAAUUGUUCAUAAAUCCCAAAAAGUCCAAGGAGUCAAUCUUGACGUUUCUGACCGAAUUACGAUAUAAAUAAUGUAUACAAUUAGUUCACUAACGGACAUUCGUUCGAAUCUCACUUUUCAGUCACGAUUUAUAAUGAAUAUAUUCGGAUGUCACGUUUAUUGUGCAACGUCUGAGAAACAAAUACGCCCCCUUGUGGAAUUUCAGCCGUUCCAUAAGAGGCUACAGCAUUAUGAAACACUAACCAACACUUUUUUGUUAACAGAGUUAGUUGUGUUGCACAUCAUAGAAGACAAUGGUAGUAUCUGUUAAUUUUAACAUUAGGAGAAAACUAGUUAAUUUUUAGCUUUUUUGUAAUAUUUUUGUCUUCCGGGUUUAAACUCCAUAUCGUGUAAACGUCACGGGCUGUGACGUGGCAAAGCACUGUAGUACAUUUUUACAGUCGGUGUCUCAUUAUUGUUUAUAAGAUAGUGUGUUCUUAUCCAAUGCAGAGACGUUUCGCUUUUGUGUGUGUGCGCGUGCAUGUGCUCCGUGCGGCCAGGUCAGCCGGGGGAGGUGUGUCUGGGGCUCAGGAUAAUCGCACAUGGAUACAGUUCUGUAUAGUAAAGUAAAUGUGACUUCGCCAUUACGCACACUCUGUAAAUACGUUGAAUGAUUUUCCCCGCGUUGCUGUCAGGGCUAGACUAACCAUCAACUGAAUUUGCUCGGGAAAGCUACGGGAGGCAGCUGGACUUUGAUCUGUCCUGAGGUACCAUGAGGACUUUUCCUUAUCUUCAACAAUUUAACUUGACCUUUGUUUAAAUUAAAUAUUAUAUUCAGUUUAUUUUUUUCUGUAAUAUUGCUAUUCUUAGUAAAUCUUAAUAUUUGUUACACUAGCUUAUAUCAGUUGCCCCGCCCAUUCCUCGCCGUUCUUCUCACAGCAUCCACGCCCAUUUAAGUUGCAUUUUUUAAAAUGAUAGUGAGGUAGACUGGUGUUGAAACAACAGGGUUUCAUGACGCCAUAUACGGAGCCUUCUUGUAUGCACCGCGCCUUCCCAUUUAUUUUGUACACAGCUAGCGAAGCUAAGCUAGUUAAUGAAGCUACAUUGUAGAAAACCUUGGGCGAUAAAGCAAUCAUGGCAUGCAACUUGUUCCGUAUUUGGUAGUAGAUGCUCACAUGCAUCUCUACAUCGAACCACAGCCUUAGAGGAAACAAACGCAAAUGUGACUGAUUUUAGAUUUGAAAAUUUGCUUGUGUGUGCCAAACACUUUAAAAAUGGACUGUUUCGUCAAUUAUAGAGAGGAUGGACCUGUGCUAUUGCUCCAUCAUCAAAUUGUAUUUUUUAAUAACUGGUUGUAUGUGUCUGUUAGCUAAUGCUAACAAACAUUAACAUCUAAGAUAGUAGUGUAUAGUAGAGACGUCUGAUAUUAAAGGUGACAGAGAAUGAAAAAAAAGUUUUUACCUUGUCUUAGUUGAAUAACGGUAAACUACUUGCAUUCACAAACAUACAAAAGUGCUAGACAUUCUCCGUUUCUUAGAAAUUUCUACUUUAGAAAUGUCCGCCAGAAAAUGGCCCAAUCUGAACAACGGAUACAUAUCUCACCCCCCACAGUCUGAUUCAAUUCCUUCCCCUUCAAAAUAAUUUGCAUACAUCCGCCUCUCGCCUCCAACGGAAAGUAAAUUGCAGCAGUGUUCAUGAAGUUCAAGGCAAAAUGGUGCGUUCCGAUGUGUGCUCUUCUAUCUGUGUAUAUCUAUAGACAUUCUAUCUAUAUUUUGGUCUGUCCAUGUUCUGAAGACUGCAAAGUAUACAUUCUUUUGAGGGGCAGCAAAGGCAGCCAAUCAGCGCCAAGUGCUUGCAUUUUAUAACGAGGUUGCCAGUUAAGCCCAAACGGACGCCAAAUAGGUACAAAACCACCCUAAUAUAGCUUUCUGAGAGAGGUAUUUAGAAAGCUUCUAAGGCAUUACAGACCCAACCAAAAUUUUGUUGUCUACAUGUCACAUCACAGAACAAAAAUAAAUACCCCGUUCAAUCAUUCUAUGUCACCUUUAAAGUUGGUAAUAGCUCACAAUAGAUGUCCCUUUUCAUAGAUAAUUGAAAGAGUAACAAUCCACAAUAUGGUUCUCUAACAUAUUUGAUUGAUAGAUGAAGUGUUAAUUAUUUGAAUUUGCUACUAUCAACUGUCUAAAUUGCUGUAUAAGUACAGCGUAAGCAUAUAACAGAGAAGGGAUAUACUGUGUUAAAUGUGCUCUGUUGGCACUUGGAGUUUGUCUGUAUGUAUGUAUAUAUUCUAGACCCAUUAUUACUGCCCCAACUAAAUGACCAUUGCAUUAUCUACAGACUAACCUAAAUUACUAACCCGUUUUUUUAUGAGCUUAACUGUACCAUAGACAUAGCCUGAACUUUACGUAACAUUAUGUAAACACAUUGCAUUCUUGUCAUGCUCGAUUCACCAGCAGUAUAAAAAGGUAAAUCAAUGUGACAUUAAGUUAACCAACCAUUCAUAAACAUCCUGUUCAAACCUUAUUCCCUGAACAACUUCUGAAUGCUCCUUUAGUUUUUGGGUCUGAGUCGUCCCAAAUCGAUAAAGGUUACUUUACCCAAGGUAUGCACUCGCUGGUUACCAUAGCACCACUUUACUCAUUAGCAUUUAAAGAGACAUGCACCAAAACGGGUCGCUGUGAGCAGAGCUAUUUUUGACAUGGCAAAAUGGUAUUUUUUAGCAACCAUUGAGGAAUUUUCACCAAAGUAUGUUACGACAUUUCAUGAAGACUCUAAUAAUGCAUAUCAACUUGUGGAAAAGGACUAUCCGAUGACCCAUUUAAAGGAAAAUGUAAAUGCCAUGUUUUAAUCAGUUACUUUCUUGCAUUGUAUUUUUCAAAUUCAUGUACAUCAGUGUUGUAAUUCAAAGAAAUAAGCCAGGAUAACACAGUCUCUUAUUUACAUAAUAUAAACAUUUUCUUGCAUGGAGUGGAAGUAAGCCAUUUUGGAUUUGGAUAGCAAAGAAAGUGUGACUUUAGCAGAAUAGCGCUACAGUAUAGAUUGAAAUCAGUUUGUAUGUGAGUGUUGACACUGUGGAGGAAUGUUUCAUUUGAUUAAGGUGUAAUUUCUCUCAACAUCUUUUGGAGAGCUCUCUUGUUGAAACAUUGCUGUAAUAUUAUCUUCACACCACUGAGAUGCUCGCUGAGGAACAGGAGAGUAUUUUUAAAUCUGGAUGAGAGGCAGUUCAGUUCAACUUAAUUUGCUUGUGUGAAGUUUGGUUAAUUUGCAAAACGUGCAGAUUACAGUGAUGCAGCACACUGAGCUUGUGUGAAUGGAUGUUAAGUCAACUGUUUUAUAUCUACAUUUUUUUAAGUAUAUAUUUUAAUAAAAAAUAUCAAUGCA